AUUUGCCCCUUUUGAUAACAGCUUUUUGACUUUUCGUCUGUGAAAAAGCGAUGAAGUUCAUCACUCUCUUUCUUGUGUUGUCGCUGGUCGUCCUCAUGGCUGAACUCGGGGAGGGUUUUCUCGGCUUCCUUUUCAAGGGACUUGUUCACAUGGGCAAGGAGAUCCAUAACCUCAUCCGCAGAAGACAUGGGGCAAUGACCGAGCUGCGAGAGCUGGAGCAACGGGCCUUUGACCGAGAGCGAGCUUUUGCUUGAGUCCAUGAUGGUCCAUCUAUAAGGAGCAACUCUGAAACUUUGCCUGAAAAGAAAUGCUUCAUCAUUAAAAAUAUUGAUCAUUGAUUGAUCAAUUCAUCAACAAUA